ACAUCCACACCACUUCUUCUACUUUUCUUCUUCUCCUCAUCGUCGUCUUCAGCCUUAGCGAGCUCUCGCCAUUGCCAAUUAUUCUCCAAAGGAGAGCUAGCACUUUAGUUAAGUACCGCCUGCGGCGAUAGAUGGCGAUCCCGGUGAUCGACUUCUCCAAGCUGGACGGCCCUGGGAGGGCUGAGACCAUGGCGGCCAUCGCCGCCGGGUUCGAGCACGUGGGGUUCUUCCAGCUGGUGAACACCGGCAUCCCCGACGAGCUGCUGGAGCGGGUGAAGAAGGUGUGCAGCGACUGCUACAAGCUGCGGGACGAGGCGUUCAAGGACUCCAACCCCACGGUGAAGGCGCUCGCCGAGCUCAUCGACAAGGAGAGCGAGGACGGCCUCCCCGCGAGGAAGAUCGUGGACAUGGACUGGGAGGACGUCUUCACCCUCCAUGACGACCUGCCAUGGCCUUCCAACCCUCCCGCCUUCAAGGAGACGAUGAUGGAGUACCGCAAGGAGCUGAAGAAGCUGGCCGAGAAGAUGCUGGGCGUGAUGGAGGAGCUGCUGGGGAUGGAGGAGGGCCACAUCAGGAAGGCCUUCACCAACGACGGCGAGUUCGAGCCCUUCUACGGUACCAAGGUCAGCCACUACCCGCCGUGCCCGCGGCCGGACCUCGUCGACGGCCUGCGUGCGCACACCGACGCCGGCGGCCUCAUCCUGCUGUUCCAGGACGACCGCUUCGGCGGCCUGCAGGUGCAGCUUCCCGACGGCGCCUGGGUCGACGUCCAGCCCCUCGGGAACGCCAUCGUCAUCAACACCGGCGACCAGAUCGAGGUGCUGAGCAAUGGCCGGUACAAGAGCGCGUGGCACCGCAUCCUGGCGACGCGCGACGGCAACCGCCGCUCCAUUGCCUCCUUCUACAACCCGGCGCGCCUCGCCUCCAUGGCUCCGGCGAUCCCCGCUGCGGAUGCCGGUGACGACGACUACCCGAGCUUCGUGUUCGGAGACUACAUGGAGGUGUACUUCAAGCAGAAGUUCGAGGCCAAGGCGCCCAGGUUCGCGGCCAUGGCGGCGGCGGGGGCGACGACGACCAAGUGACCCUUGCGGCACGCGCGUGCAGCCACACAUGAUCUCAGCUUGGGAGGCUAAAUAAUUAUUCAUAGUCAAGUUAAUCCUGCGAUUACGGUAGGCGCUUGUAUGUAAGUAGGAAGUCGAGGGCAGGUAUACACUCCUUCAGGAACGACGGCCUAGCAGCUGUGGCGUCUGAGGCCGAGGCCGGCAUGGCGCCGCCCACCGGCUAGACCAAGAGAUCGUUUUGUCUAGUCGUAGCUGUCGUAAACUCCACUCUACUUUUUUUUUUCUUAAACCAUGGUUUUGUACAUCUAUAGAUUCUAAAAUUGUAGUUUUCUUGAUACACAUUUUGUAAAUGCUACACCUACCAAAUAGGAUGUUUUAUUAUGUGCUGUCCAUCCUUUAUUUCCAAAAUAAUGGAAACCGUGACAUAGGAGUGGACUUU